AUGUUAAUUACGCUUCAAGGGAUACAAUACAACAUUCUCUGUAACUUAGAUAACAAUAACAACAUCGAUAGCAAAGAUCUUGUCGACAAUAAAAUCACUAGCAAUAUAGAGCAAAUUAUUAAGUUUCACAGGGCCUAUACCCGCAACGUUAACAAGAGUUGGACAAGACUUGCCUGCUACAAUGAAAAGAUGACCGUGAUUAAGAGAGUUAAAGUUGCAACUUCUGCCUUGGACUGCAUUCGCAAAUGCCAGAAAGCAACAAACAUGAACCUGAGAGGAAUCAACUACAUGACAUCACUUGGAACUUGUUCAUGCGUUCCAAAAAUGAACGUCUUGUAUAACAUAACCACUAAUCUGACCGGAGGAUGCCUGUCUUACGUUGCUCACAAUUGUCCAUCAGAGUUCGACUACAUAAUGGAGUACCACAGAUGCUACAACUUCCAAUUCACCUGGUUGCUAUGGAACGAAUCCAGACAGAGCUGCAACAAUUUGCUCAAUUCACACCCCGUUAUUAUUGACAACAACACUGAAAACUCAAUUGUCCGCGCCUAUUCCUCCAUUGAUUAUUAUUAUACAAGUUUGAAUAUGAUCUGGACAGCUGGAUAUGGGGUCAAUGCUACCAAUAAUAAAACAAUUUUUUUCUGGUCACCCUAUCCAGGCGAGUAA